AUGGUUGUCGGCGGCUCAUUCACUCUCAAUUCUGGACAUGAAAUCCCAUUAGUCGGUCUCGGAAUUUCUGGAAUUCAUGAAGAGCUUGGUGUUGCUGUUGAACAGGCUCUCCUUGCUGGAUAUCGUCUCUUCGACACGGCAAGAAUUUACAACAAUGAGGAGAGAUUGGGACAGGUUUUGAAGGAAAAAUUGGAAGCUUUGGGUAUUAAGAGAGAAGAAGUUUUUAUCACCACCAAAGUUCCAAUUGUUAAUGAGAACACUGUAGCUGAAGUUGAGAAGAGUAUCACCGAUUCUUUGCAACGUCUCCAAGUCGAGUGAGUUUUUUUAAUGGUUUUUGGAUGAAAACAUUUUCAGAGGGCUCUUCUUCUGUUCCGCUCUCUGAAAAUGAGUUUUUCAAUGCUUAAAUUUAUUAAUACGGCUUAUGAAAAACCAACACAUCCAAAAAAAAACUUUUGAAAAACCCGGAAAAUUUUUGAUAUAUUUUGGAACUGAAAAUUGCAGUUUUUGUAAAUGAAAAAAUAUAAAAUGAACAUCGAAUAUCAUCUAUGAUAUCAUAAUUAACUUGAUUUUUGGAGAACUGGGUUCUUAAUCAAAUUUUCUUAUCUCUGAAUUUGCUCUGUUUUCAGAUAUCUCGACCUUGUCUUGAUUCAUUAUCCUAAGGAUCGUUUCACUGGAAUUGAUGGAGAUCGCGAAGCCAACGUCAAAGCUAGAAAACUUGUCUAUCAAAAACUAGAAGAAUAUGUCGAUCAAGGUGUGAUUCGCUCCAUCGGAGUUGCUAAUUACGAACCAUAUCAUCUUCAUGAGCUCUUCCAAUUUGCUCGCAUUAAGCCAAGUAUCAAUCAAUUUGAAUAUCAUCCAUAUCUCACGAAACCUCAGACCGUCGAAGUCACCAGACAAUAUGGAAUUUUUCCACAGGUAAACUUUCAAUUUUUCAAAAAUUUAGACUGGUAACUGAACAAAAUUUGUAGGCGUUCUCAAGCUUGUUGACUGGCAACAAAGAGAUCUUCACUGAACCAUUGAUAAUUGAACUUGCGAAAAAGUACGCUGUCUCGGAGCAAACGAUUCUCUACGCUUUUGCGCUUAACACAAACCUUGGAAUCAUUCCGAAAUCGGCAACUCCUUCAAGAAUCAUUUCGAAUUUGAAAGAUGUUAUUGGUGUGAAGUUCACCGAUAGUGAAAUUGCACAACUCUUGGAUUUGGAUAGAAAUGCUGCCUUUUCCGAUUGCUCACCAUGGAGAGUUCUUUAA